AUGGCAGGUGCAAGCUCGUCCAUCACUCUCAUUGAGCAACUUGGCAACCUGAAGCCAACGCUAGCUCUGCAAGACAAUCAAGGCGCAAGGCAAGAUGCGCUCCGGCUGAGCAAAAGGCUCGUAAUGGAGCUUGGCCAGCCACCCAACGUGGCAGUGGAUUUGGCCUAUUCGCCAUUGAUUACCGUCGCGACUCGGGUUGCUAUCAAUCUGAGGCUUUUUGAGUUGAUUGCCAGUGCCACGGGCCCAGUCACCUCCACACAGCUGGCCUCGGAAUCUGGCGGAGAAGAGCUGCUAAUUAUCCGCAUCCUGCGACCUCUCUCGUCCGUCGGAAUCGUCAACGAAGUCGGCGAGAGGCAAUGGACAGCAACUCCAGUGACUCAUGUAAUGGCAUCCGAGGGAAUCGCCGCAGGGCACAGAAUGAUAGGCGAGAUAAUUGUCAACGCCGCCCAAAAGGCGCCAAAGUAUCUCAAGGAAUAUGGGCAUCGAUGCCCAGCCAAUCCACGGGACGGCCUUGUGCAGUUUGCCUUUCAAACCAAGAUGACGACGUUUGAGCUCUUGAGUUCCAUGCCCGAUAUUCUCAGAGACUUUAAUCUCUUCAUGGGCAACACGAUGGGCUCUAGAAGUUAUUGGGUUGACUGGUAUCCCGUCCAGGACCGGCUUCUCACCGGCCUCCGUGGCCAGUCGGCGGUGCUCGUGGACGUGGGCGCUGGCAAAGGACAUGAUCUGAUGGCAUUCCACGAAAAAUAUGCGGGACACGGUCGAUUGGUUCUUCAAGAUUCGGCCGCGGUAACUGAUCACGUCAAGAAUCUGAGCGACGAGAUUGAGAUUAUGGCGCAUGACUUCUUCACCGAACAACCAGUCAGAGCAUAUUUGUACCACCACAUCCUGCACGACUGGUCUGAUGAAAGGUGCCUGGAGAUCUUGGGGAAGCUCAGGGGCGCCAUGUUGCCGGGUUACUCCAAGCUGCUCAUCCACGACAUGGUUAUCCCCGAGAGGGGGGCGUCGACGUUCCAUGCGAUGCGCGACAUGGCCAUGAUGGCCUUUAAUGGAGGCAUGGAGCGAACCGAAGCGCAGUGGAGGAAAUUGCUCGGCAGCGCUGGUUUCGAGGUUGUCAGGGUUUGGCUGCCAGCACAGGAAGAUGCAGAUGGUAUUGUUGAAGCAAUGGUAAAUGCGUAG